AACCAGCCCAAGAUAAAAGGCCGAGGUGCAGAGGAGCUGGGAGAGCAGAGGGCAGUGGGAAGGUGGGUUAGGAGCUCAGCCGGACAGCGCCAGCCCGGCUGGCCUCCUUGCAACAUGGGUACGCAAGCAGGCCUGCCCUGGCUGCUUCUGCUCCUGCUUCUCCUGCACUUGUUACCCGAGCGUGGCCGAUCCCACCCGCCACUGGACUGGCCUGACCAGGCUUCGGAUCACCAGGCAGUACAGGUCACGGAGGCACAGCCAGAACGCAUGACUCUGAAGCCAUGCCAAAAGGGCAAAGUCUUCCCAGAAGCCUGGAAGCCUGGGAAAGCAGGCCCCAAGAGCACCCUCCAGACCUUUCGGGGACCCCAGCGGCCCAAGGUGAAGCAAAACUCUGGUUGCUUCAGAAAGACGAAGAUGGACCGGAUCGAUUCUGUCAGUGGCCUGGGCUGUAAGGGGAUGAGGCAGCCGUAGGAGGAAGCCUUGGCCAUGGAUGCCGAUUCCACAAGGGCUCCGUCCCCAACCCCCUGUCUUUGAUUGACUUCUAUUUAUUAACUUAUUUUGAUUUAUAUAUUUGAUUAUUUUCUACAAGAUUGCUUCUUACCUGCGAGCAAAUACUCUCGACAAUGAAAUAAAAUCAAUCAUAUAGCA